UGAGUGGUGCUGGGUGUGGAGUUUGGAGAGCGUGCUGGAGCUAAAUAAAGCCGCUGUGGGAGGAUGCAGUGGGAGGAUCAUGGUGAUGUUUGAAGACUUUCCAAACUCCAGCACUUUUACUCCGCCAUGCGUGUGUGUGUUUGUGUGAGUAUCAGGAUCACGCACUGAUGUAGGAGAGAGCGCGCGCGCAUUCUCACACACACACACACACACACACAACGGAACGGAACGCCGAGCGCGCGCGCUGAGCGAUGAACCUGGACCGGAACUGUAACGUGGUUCAGAGUGUGGUGGGAUCCCGGAGCUGCGCGCUGUUCCGCGGCCACUGGCAGCCCACGCUCACCUACUGGAGCGCCUUCUUCAGCUUCGGCCUGUGCCUGGCCCUGCUCGGACCCACCGUGCUCGACCUGCGCUGCCAGACGCGCUCCAGCCUGCAGCAGGUCACACUCGCCUUCUUCGCGCAGCAGUUCUGCCUGUUCGUGGGAAGCUUCGUGGGCGGUUUCUUCAGCAAGUCACUUUGCUCCUCUUUGUCGUCCCUCGCUGCCUCCACACUCAUCAUCUCUGUGGUGUUCGCCUUCAUCCCGCUAUGCAGCAAUCUGCUGAUGCUGGUCUCUGCCAUGGCUGUCACAGGCCUGGCCAUGGGCAUCAUCGAUACCAUCUCCAACCUGCAGCUGGUGAAGCUCUACCAGAAAGACUCAGCUGUCUUCCUCCAGGUGCUCCACUUCUUCAUCGGUCUGGGUGCCUUGUUGAGCCCUCUCAUCGCUGACCCGUUUCUGUCCGAAACCGACUGCAUCUUAGGAAACACCACCAUCAAUACAUCAUCCACUAUGAGGCACUUGAGGAACACACUGUCUGGCAGACACCUGCAUAACGUGUCCCACAUUACCAUGCACACCGAAGGCGAAGUGGUCACCAACGUCUCCUACGCCUUCUGGAUCAUGGCCUUCGUCAAUCUUCCUGUUCCUAUCGCUGUCCUGGUUCUGAUGUAUCGGGAGCAGCUGCUUCCGUGUUGCCCCGAGCCUAGUCCUCGUCUCCUGGGUGCAGUAAAGAUGCAGAGGAACUCGGAGCAGGCUGACGUGGGCACAACCGAGCUGCAGGAACCGACAGGCCACAUGGACAUGCUAAACUGCCAUAACCUCAGCAAGCUCAAAGGACUUCCUCCAUCGUUCUUCGGGCUCCACGUCUUUGGAGGGAUGGUGCUUUUCUUUUCCGAUGGAAUAGUGGGGUCCUACACAGGCUUCGUUUACACCUAUGCCGUGGCUCCACCCAUGGCUCUGCCGCACAAGAUGGCGGGUUACCUGACCAGCGUGUUCUGGGCAGCCAUCACGGUGGGACGUCUGGCUUCCAUCCCGCUGUCUUACCGCGUCAAACCAGUUCACUUGCUCAUGUUUAACCAGGUGGGAGUGAUAGUGACCCAGUUGCUUCUGCUCAUCCUCUACAAAAACAGUGCCUUCCUGUUUGUCGGUACCUGCUUCCUGGGUCUGUUCAUCAGCAGCAUUUAUCCGUGUAUGCUAGCUUUCACGGAAGACCUCCUUGACUACAAAGGUUGUGCCACUACGGUGCUCGUGACCUCCGCUGGACUGGGAGAGAUGCUUCUGCAAUUGCUGGUGGGAUCGGUGAUCAACACACACGGCAGUUACAGCUUCAUGUUGUUUGGGAUGAUCUUCGGCUGCAUGGGCUUCACGCUCUUCCUGGCACUGCUUUUAGUUCAACACAGACACAAAAAGUAUUUAGCAGCUGCUUCCACGGCCAGCGCUGUAGCAGAAAGAUCCGAAGCUGAACACUGACCGGCUCGCUGACUCGCGGCACUACAAAAGGCGUAGUCAGACCGAACGGGACGGUCGGGUUCUGAGACCAGCAGUGAAGAGGACGAGACCAGACCGAGAAAGGAUCCUCCUCAAUGCCUGGACCUUUUACAGAACUGUAGAUCCACCAAGACCAACGCUGAUUCGUGGUUGAUGGUGUUUAUAGAGCAGUAGAUGUAAGGUGGUGUACGUCUGGGGAAAUCGGGGCUUUCUCUUCAGAUUCUGCUGCAGUUGCUGCCAAAGGGAGGGGAAAACCUUCCAGGUUCCUCCUGUUUGGACGUGUCAGGUAUGUGAGUUGGGCUAAGACUUGUUUCUGAUUCUUCUGAAAACCUACGUUUCUACCGUCGCUGAUUCCUUCUGAUGUUUGUAAACUGAUCUCUUGAGCUGGAAAGAAUUAAACCGUCUAAAUGAACAAAUUCAGCAUCAAACAUGACGUUUUUUAUUUGAAGGGGAAAACCAGGAUGAGGAGGAGGAUGAUUGUAUUUUUGUGGUUUAUUAGAUGACGAUGCCAUUGUUAAUCACUGCUUGAUAAAAAGGUUAAAUGAUUCUAACGUCCAGCAAUGUGGCAAUUCAACUCGGAUGGGUCAGUGUAAGUUCUUGCGGUGUGUUUGAGUAGAAUAUAAAGCUUGUGGAUAGUCCCCUUUCUUUUUCUUUUACAGGAUUUCCAAAGAUUUCCCAGAAAGUGUUCCUUUUGCAACAUGAUGCACUGGGAACUAGCGCAGUUUAAGUAUGAAAGUAUGACAUUUUGGUUACUAUCAUGAAAUUCUAUUUUAUUUUUUUAUUUUUUUUUUGCUGUCCAGUUCUUGCCUCUGAUUGGUCAGAGCAAACAUUUUAAUAGUAGCAGCAUACACACACACUUCA